UUACUUUUUUUUUUAAGAUGAUUGAAUUGAUUUUGGUGCCUACUUAUUUCACAAAAACCUAGCAAAUAAUUCAAAUUUAUAAUCAUGUCUGCUUUGAAGACCGCAUUGUCCAAUAUUUUAUACGGCUAUGAAACAUGCGCUCUGUGUUUCCAAAGUGUCGACACAAACUUUGUGGAGAUUGACGAUUCAAUAGUACUGAUGAAAGAAGACGGUGUUGAUAUUGUAUCUUUCUCGACUAUGAUAUCGUCGAUGAUGGGUGAAAGCGUGAGUAAUUCUCCUCUUCUUACCCCCGACAAACCAUUUUAACAGGAUACUCAAACAUGACAAGUAAACUGUGUGACUCCUGCGCCAACAGCGCUUUUGGCAGCUACAGAUUCAUCCACCGCUGCCGGCGAGCGCGGGAGACACUCACCAACACCAUUGACAAAAUUCAUAACUGCAUAUCUGACACUCCUGACAACGGCAUCAAUACAUGGUACAUCUCAGCUGAUGUUAGCAGUGCAACUGCGGAGAAGUUUCAUGAUACAUGUGAUAAUGUUGACUCUUUGAAGAUGGCUUUAAAAAGAUUUAAAAUGUUGAAACACUGGAAUGUUAUGGAAUUGGAAACUAACAUAGAUUCUUUCAGUCACAGUGAUGAUGAUGAUGACAUGCGAUGCAGCUCUGAAGAUCCAUUGAACACAGCUAACAAAUAUACUCAUCCAAUAGUAACACCAUGCAUAUGUGAUGUUUGUGGAAAAACUUUCAUAAAUGAAUCAAACCUAAUAUGUCAUGCUUACAACAAUCACUCAAUUGUUAAUGCGAAAGUAAUACAUGGCCUGAAUAGUCAGCAGUGUAGCAACAGUAAGCCCUGGGGACCACAGAAAGAUAAGAAAUUCUUUUGUGACAUAUGUGGCAAAGGCUUUAUUUCAAAAAGUUACUUGACAUUCCACAUACAAACCAAACACCUAAACACCAAGAUCAAUGAGUGCAAGAAAUGCGGUAAAACAUUUGCUUCAAAAAGCGGAUUACGAAUGCACAUGAUAAAACAUACUAGGAUACGAAACUUCAAGUGUAAAAUCUGCAGUAAGAAAUUUGUUACUAAGCCAGCUUUGGUUUAUCACAUGAGGAUUCACACAGGGGAAAGGCCAUACCCGUGCAAUUAUUGUGAAAAGAGAUUCCUGUCAACAUCCCGGAGAGCUGAGCAUGUGAGAUACAACCACAUGGCACCAACUAUACAGUGUGAUAUCUGCGAUAGUCAAUUUAAGAAGUCGUCUGCACUGACGAGACACAGACGCAGGCACUUUGAUCCUUUGAGCAAGUUGUAUAAAGAGAAUAUCUCUGAAAAUUGUGAAGUAUAAACACUGCAUAGGAAUCAAAACAUAAUUUAAAUAAAAAGUUGUUAUAUUUUUA